UGCCCCUCAGUGUCCGGCGCGCCUCCGACAAGCGUGCUUCGGUCUUUAUAGGGGUCUUUUGGCGUUUCAUCGUUAUCGUGAAUGAUACCGGCGAGCCAAGUAAAAGGAGAAAGAAAGGGAAUUUAUCCAUCUAUAUCUAUCCGAAUACAAAAGAGUACAAAAAAAUAACGACAAUAGUUUAUUCGAGAUUAGAGUUAGAGGGAAUAUUUCUUUCUUUCGGAUUUCGGAUUCGGUUCGAAUAGAUCGAAAAGGAUGCACGCGAAAAGUUUGAGAAUCCCGCAAGGAUUCGUAUACGUCCGUGACACGCGUCGGUCAGGAUCGCGUUUCAUCUCCUAUGGAAAAUAGAGGCAUCGACCAAAUAGUAAAAGAAAAGGAAAAGAGAAGGAGGAAAAGGAGGAGGAGGAGGAAGAGGAGGAGGAGGAGGAGAAGAAGAGGAAGAAACGGAAGAGAGGAGAGGAUAAAUCUGAGAGAACCGGAAAGAUAGAAGGAGAUUUUUCAUCGAAGAAUCGAAGAGGCCGGUUCGUCGUUCAAAUGUCCAUCACCGUCGUAAUCGUCGUCGUCGUCGUCUUCGUCGUCGUCGUCGUCGUUGCAUGUGCUCCCCCUUCAAGCUUUUAAAUGGUGCACCAUUCCGAGGAUCUUAGCCGUAGUGAAAUAUUAGGUACACGUAGAAAGUGUCCGAGGAAAUCUAGAAGACCUUAGUGGCCGAAUCGAGGAGAUAAUUAUUAUUAUCCAUAGAACGUACGAUCGUGCGUACGCGUAUCGUCGUGUCGAGGAAUUCGACGAUUUCAUUCUUCCCCUUCCAUCCCCCUCACCUUUCCCCCGCCCCCACUUGUAAAUAUCGUUCCAACGAUAUCGAGAUCGAGAAAAAUCUUCGAUCCGAUCGAAUUCCAUACUUUACAGAAAGAAGAAGGGAAAAAGGAGGAAACGUUUUUCUUUUCUUUUUUUUUUUUACCCUAACGCGGUGAUAAAGUUAAAAAUUGAGAGAGAGAGAGAGAGAGAGAAAGAGAGAGAGAGAGAGAGAGAGCGAGAGAGAGAGAGAGAAAAGAAAAAAGAAAAAAGAGAAAAGAGGAAAGAGAAGAGAGGGGAGGAGGAAGAAGAAUUGGUGGAAGGAGAAAGGAGGAAGAGAGAAAAGAGGAAGAGAAAGUUGAAAAAGAAGGGGGACUAAUCGUGGAGAGAGAAGAGGUGGUGUCGAAUCGGUGAAAACGGAAACGCGAAUGGCCGAAAACGGUAGCAGGGUGUACCCGGUUACGGCGGUCCAUCUUGCGGGUGAGAUCGAUCCUGAAACAGCGGCACCGGGUGGUUGGUAAUGGGGGGUUUAGGCGAGAAUGCCUUUCCCCUGUCGUGGUCGUGGUCGUGGUCGUGGUCGUGGUCGUGGUCGUGGUCGCCGUUCCAUACCAAUUUUACUUCCCUCUCGACAACAGGUUCCCGUCGUACGCGUCCGAUUCCCGUGUCUUCUCUGUGCCUACGUCGUCGGUCCGAGACAAGGACACCGCGCACCUUCCUCCCGUCUCUCGAUCGUCGAACCGGUCCUCCUCGAAUCGGCUCCUCCUCCGUCUCUCCUCGCCGUCAUCGCCGUGGUCGCGGUGCUCGUCGCCCGAGUCGCGGCACGGGCAACGCCAGGAUCGGAAGCGAGCGUGGUGGCGGUAGUGGUGGCGAGUGCGAUCGCCGCCACCGAUCCACCGGAGAAGGGAAGGUGGUGCUACUCGAACCGGAAGCGGAUCGGGAACAGGAGAGGAGGAAUAGCGGGGGAAGGAGGAGGAGGUGGUGGUGGGGGUGGAGGAGGUGACUCGCCGCCGAGAUGCACCAGGUGUCGGUGUACGGAGCAGGACUCGAUUCGAACGCAGAUCGAAACGAGAGAUUGUGGGAGAAGAUCGAGUACAGGGAUCGGCGUGCCUGUGAACGACAAUCCUCUUCCACCUCGACGGCUUACGUCGAUUCCCCCGAUCGAUCGCCAUGCCGAUCUUCUCGCUCUUCGCUCCCCUCUACUCGCGUUUUAUUCAGAUACAGAGGAUCCCUCGUACCUUCCAACGUUUUCCUCAUAGGGUUGGCGCUGUGUUGUCUAACCUUCUCCCCCGUGCAACCACGACAAAAUCAUCAUCAUCAAACUUGUCCAGGUUGUCCGCAUCAGCAUCAACAACAACAACAACAACAACAUCAGCAUCAUCAUCAACAACAACAACAACAACAUCAACAGCAUCAACAACAUCAACAACAACAACAACAUCAACAACAGCAACGGCAGAGAGAAGAGGAGGAGCGACAAGAGCAAUAUACUCGUCGUGAGACGCAUGAGAGGGGGGGCGGUGGUUGGGAAAGAAAGAAGGAUACCGCCGCGCCCACCCCGGAUGACUUGAGAUUGGAGGCUAUCAAGCAUCAAAUCCUGACCAAACUCGGGCUGAGAACGCGACCCGAUGUGAAUAGAACUUUGGCCACCGUACCCAGGCAUUUGGCCCUCGAGACCUUGUACAGGGCCGAAGCGCAAUUCUCCCGCUAUCCGUUGCCCGACAAUACGAGAAACGAUCGUCGCGAGGACGUUUACUCGACCGAGUUUCUUUACGGUGGCAACGAGUAUUCGUAUUCGAGGAAUCUCGAUCAACGAGUGGACGACGAUUCUGCCAAGGAUAACGGGAGAAUCGCUUCGUCUUACCGGGGGUACGAGGGGGGAGAAGGCGAGGAUCGAGAACCGGAAGAAGAGAUAGACGACUUUUACGCGAGAACCUCGGAGAUCAUCACGUUCGCCGAACCUGGACGCACGCUGAAUGGACAACCGUUACUAGAAUUCCCAAUGUCCAGCGGAGAACCCGCCUUGGAACCGCUCAGGAUCAAGAGAGCAACGCUUUGGACGAGAGUCGAAUUCAGGCACGGUCAUCAUUAUCAACGUAAUCGACAGAGUCAAACUAAUCAGAGAAAUAUUACUCUGUGGGUAUUCAGAGUACGUUGCGGCAAUACGACGCAUUUGCGUGGAAAGGAACUUGGCCAAUACCUGGAAAUGGUCACGUCCCUUGGAGUAAACGUCGGACAAUUGGGUUGGUUGAAAUUCGACGUUACCAAAGUUGUGAACAGUUGGUACACCACGAAUCGGGACACCGCGAGGGAUAAAUUGACGUUGCUCGUCGAUUGUACCGGAUGUGGCUCGCACGUCUACGUAUCUACAUUUGACGGACAUUCCCCGCGCGUGAUCGAAUCGCCAUCUUUAAACGCCAAAGGUACUCAAGAUCCGGAUAGACCUUUCCUAGUCGUACGUACGGAUCCAGCGGCUGUGAAACGGGUUAGAAGACGGGCGAUCGAAUGUAGCGGCGCUAUAAAGGGCCAAUGCUGUAAGCAAAGAUUCUACGUCAACUUUUCUCAACUCGGUUGGGACGAUUGGAUAAUCGCACCACAAGGGUAUUACGCGAAUUACUGCAGGGGAGAUUGCGCGGCUGGCCACAGAACACCGGACACUUUCCUCAAUUACUACACUCACGUGAUCGAGGAAUACAGGAAGAUGGAUCGGCUGGCCGGUAUGCAGCCUUGUUGCGCUCCUCUCAAGUUUUCCCCGAUGUCGUUGAUCUACUAUGGUCCUGAUUCCAAUAUCAUCAAAAGAGAUUUACCCAAGAUGGUGGUCGACGAAUGCGGUUGUCCUUAAAAACGUCUAGCUCUCUUUUCCUUCCUUCCUUAUUUCCUUUCUUCCUUCCUUCCUUCCGUCCUUCUUUCCGUCUUACUCCAUCCACGCUCCUCUUGCCUUACGAACGGUUCCACCGGUCAAUCAAAUCUUCUACACCUUUAUAUAAUCGAUGAACGCGAUCCUCCGAAAAAUCGUCUAUCUCCCAUCCAUGACCGCGUUCAUCGUUACCAUCGUCGUGGUAUAUCGUGAUAUAUACAUAGCGUUCUGUGCGUACUUAUUUUGUCUUGCCGGAAUUCGACUAUUCCAAUUAACUCGAUCUCGAUACUCGAUAAGAUAAGAAUCGACGCGUUCUUAUUCCCGAUCGGUGGCAAAGCGGAACGAAUUAUCGAAUAUUAUUUUAGAUGAACGGCUAGACGAACCGACGAUCGUUCGCAUUCCCGAUCCAUCGGAUAUUUAUCGAAGAGUAACGAGUAAAGAUAUCGAGUAAAAAGGAAAAAAGAAAAGGUAAAAAAGAGCCGCGAUUCGGCUUACCUUACCUUCGUCGACCUCCAUGUUUUCUAACUUAGUACUAUUUGGCUUAGUUUCGUUAAGAUAAAUCGUUCGUACCGUUUAAAAUCUAUAAAGUAUCCAUCUUCAAAAGGGAAGAUAAUAAUAAAUAUGAUAAUAAUAAAUAAACGAUAAAAGAUAAAUGUGCGUAUGUGCGUGCUUGUUCGUUCGUUCGUUCGUUCGUUCGUUUGUUUGUGCGCGCGAGUGUAAGUACUUAUAUAUAGAUGGAUGAGUAAAAGCAUGAAAGUAAAGUAAAAACGCGAGAACGGUGCGAACGAACGACCAUAAAUCGAUCGGAAAUAAGAUUUCCGAUUGUCUCGAGGGACGAUUAUCGCUAAAAAAAAAAAAAAUGUUCCGAUUCGUUUCUAAUGUAUUGUUUCUAACGAUGGUUGAAAAUUAAUUCAAAGCGCUCGUGGUAAGAAGUUACGAGAAGGGAAUUACUUACGUUUAGAUUGAAUUGAAUAACAAACUUCUUACCAAGAGUCUUUGAUCUUUUUUUAAGAAGAUAUAAGAAGAUAAGAUAUGAUAAGAAAAAAAAAAAGGAAUAAAGAGGAAAAGACCGAGAAAUGGAGAAAGAAACUGAUGAAAGUAACGAAAGUGAUCCCAUAUUUACGAUUUAUGUAUUACAUAUGUAUAUUAUAUACACAUAUACGCAGACACACGAGGUGAUUCAGCCGAGUAUAAAUAUUUAAAUACGAAAAGCGUAAAAUUUAAGUGUAAACUAUAAAACUCAAUCUGAUUGCCUUGUUUUAUAUGCGAAAGUAUAAUACGUUAGAAAGUAUCAUUGAAACCGGUUUGAAAGGUAUCGGUAAAACGAUUUAAAUUGAAAAAGGUAAAAAAAAAAAAGAAAAAAAUAUUAUAUUGUAAAAUGCAUGGAUAAUACGCGAUAUAGAUUUAAAUAUAUAUAUAUAUACAUACAUAUAUAUAUAUAUAUAUAUAUAUAUAUGUAUAUAUAUAUGUAUAUACGUAUGUAUUUACAUUUGCAUAUGCAUAUAUAUAUAUAUAUAUAUAUAUAUAUAUAUAUAUGUGUGUGUAUAUAUAAAUAUAGAUACGUACACAAGGGCAAGAGGUGAGAAACGGAAAGAGAAAGGAAAAAGAAAAAAAUAUUUGGCGCGUUAUAUUAAGAAUUUGGGGAGGGUUUGGGAUAAUAAAUAGGACGGGGUGGGCGUUCUCAAAAGUUCAAACAGAUUUAAAAAAAUGAAAAAACAAAAAACGAAAAAAGAAAAAGAAAAAGAAAAAAGAAAAAAAACGAUAAUUCUUAUUUAUCGAAUUUAACUUUAAUCGAUAAUUAAUAUUAAUUCCGUGUAACGUUACCGAUAGAACGAAAGAAUCGUUAAAAACGUGACAAAUACCUGUUAUAAAAUAACUCGAUAACUCAAAGUUAUAAAAUAACUUUAUAAAGUUCCAAUAUUUCUUAUCAAAUUUUCAAUCUGCCAAUCACAAAGAGGGUAUUAUAGAAAAUUUGCACGCGAAUUUUACGCGCGCGUUAUGUAUGUUUGUAACACGCACAUGUCUAGGCGAUUAACUAUUAAAUAAUAGAAAAAAAAUAUAUAUACACGUAACGUUAUAUUCGGUUUACGAAAACGAAAAUUGUUCUAAAGAAUUUUCUUCGCAUCUUUUAUAACAUAUACGCUACAUUCUCGUGUUCCUAUCCGGCAAGAAAAAAUUCGAAAAUCGCAUUUCUUCGAUAAUCGUUUCACAGAGGAGGAUGCAGAACUGAACGUACGGAUAAUAAUUACACGUUCAAAUAAAAUGUACAUAGACGUAAUAGUCGUAUCGCAUUGGCAACUGUACGCGAAAUCACGAGCCUCUUUUUUCAACAAUGGAAGGAGAUCUCGAAUUUUGCAUUCUUUGCUAUAAAAGAUAUGACGAACGAUAAAAACAAAUGACAAUAAAAAAAAUUAUAAUCGAUCGAGUCCCCGAAACAAGGCCUCGAACAAUGGAACAACGUUUUUUCUUUCAUAGGCAAGCUAGCAAUCGUUGAUUCAUACUUUUUUCCCUUUAUUAGAUUUAUCUCGAAAAAUUCUCGAAAAAAAAUAAGAAAAUUGCGAUCAAAAAGUGUCACUUUUUUUCGACAGUAUAUAUAUAUAUAUAUAUAUAUAUAUACUUUAUCUACCUAUUAAAAAUCGAACGAAAUUCAUCUAAACGAUAUAAAGAAGCUAAAAGUUAAUUACAUGCGAUAACUUUUAACUUUUAACGAGAAAGAUGUAUAUGUAUAUUGAAUUAUUCGUGGGAUAAGUAAAUCGACCCACGUAGCCUUACUGGGCCUUAUUAAAAUAUGUAUCUUUGCAUCUACUUAACUUAAAAGUCUAUGCACUAAUUUAAUGAUAAAAGCUUAAAUAUUUAAAUGAACGAACGACUCUUAGAGAAAGAAAGAAGAAAAGACGAAAAGGGGAAAGAAAUUGUAAAGAGGAAGAAGAGAGGGAGGGAAAGAAAAGAAAAACGAAACGUGUACACACACACACACACACACACACACACACACACACACACACAAUUUUUAAUAAUUAAAAACAUUAUAUAAUGGAAAAUAAAAGAAAAAAAGAACAAAAGAAUGAAAUUUAGCAUUACGCGAGCAAUAUUCUAUGUACUAUAUGCACGAGAAUAAUAUAAAUAAAAUUUUCAAACGGGAAAUAAUUAAUCGAUUUAUUAGUUUAACGAUAAAUAUAAAAUAUCACCUGUUUGUCUAAAAUAAUUUCAUACGGUGAAGAUGUAUAUCUAUCGUUUCGGGAAUCAAAUCGAUAAUUCAGUUAAAAUGUAUAACGAUAUUUUUCAUGAGAAAUGCGGAAGAAAUAUACCAAGAAAAUAACAAGAACUACCAAGAACAUAGCCUAAAGAGAGGAUGUGUGUGUGUGUUUGCGCAUGUGCGUGCGUGCGUGUGUAUGCGUGUGCGUGCGUGCGUGCAUGCGUGCGUGCGUGCGUGCGUGCAUGCGUGCGUGUGUGUGUGUGUGUGUGGUAUGUGAACAUGCGGAUAUAUCCGUCGAAAAAGAAGAAAGAAAUGAAAGAAGAACAAAAUAUUUCUCCAUUUCGCAGAUUGUUUGAUUAUAAUAAAAGCGGAAAAAAAGAAAGUAAAAAAAAAAUUUGCGUCCAAAAUAAUAAGAUUUAAAGCAACUUUAAGCGAACAUAUUUCCAAUAUCGAUUACGAAUAUUUUCGAUAAAAUCUUCGACAAAAAUUAUUUUAACAAUUCUUUAUUCCUUACGUAACUCUUUUUUUUUCUUCUUCUUUUUCUUCUUUUCUUUUUAAACAUUAAUCAUUUUAACUAAAUAUCGUUAUUAUUAUUUCUAUCGAAAGAAUCAUUAUUACUGCUGUUUUUCGUUGUUACUGCUCUUGGUGUAUCGUCACCAUUAUU